CCAGUAUUCUACUUCGGAGACACAGACUACCAUGUGGAUGAGAGUGAUGGUUAUGUGGAGGUCAAGGUGUGGAGAACAGGCACUGACCUCUCUAAAACAGCCACGGUCACUGUACGCUCCAGGAAAACAGACCCUGUCUCUGCUGAAGGUAGAUACAAUACAACACAAUACAAUACAACACAAUACAAUACAACGCAACACAACACAAUACUAUACAACGCAACACAACACAAUACUAUACAACACAAUACUAUACAACGCAAUACAACACAAUACAAUACAACACAAUACUAUACAACGCAAUACAACACAAUACAAUACAACACAAUACUAUGCAACGGAACACAAUACAGCACACUGUAUGUCUAUGACAGCACACUGUCUGCUGAAAGUAGGUGUCCCAGUCCAUGUCCCUACAGUACAACACACUGCUCUCACACAGGGGACUGUACUACAAUAAAAUGUAUUUGUGUUACAGCACACUGGCUUUACCGCUGUAUUUAAAGAGUCAUAUAGAGCUUAGGAAAAGGUUAACCAGGUGGAACAAUAGGCUUUAGUCCACCUCAGGGUUAGUCUGUCUGUCUGUCACUCUAGUGUUGUGGAAGCAGAAAGAACGCCCAGAGCAAUGCAGGCUGGAUUUGUUGGGAUGUUAUAUGACCAUUGGUCGAGAGGGGAAGGGCUCUGCUCAGCCCCAGUUGCAUCCUAAAUGGUACCCUAUUCCUUUUGUAGUGCACUGCUAUUGACCAGGACCCAUAGCGGAUAGGGUGCCAUUUGGUAUUGAACCCCAGUCUGGUGACUGUUGAAAAGUACAGAGGAGGGUAGGCCUACAGGGUUGGGAGAGACAGGGUUGGGAGGGACAUGGUUGGGAGGGACAUGGUUGAGAGGGACAGGGUUGGGAGGGACAGGGUUGGGAGGGACAGGGUUGGGAGGGACAGGGUUGAGAGGGACAGGGUUGGGAGGGACAGGGUUGGGAGGGACAGGGUUGGGAGGGACAGGGUUGAGAGGAACAGGGUUGGGAGGGACAGGGUUGGGAGGGACAGGAUUGGGAGGGACAGGGUUGGGAGGGACAGGUUUGGGAGGGACAGGGUUGGGAGGGACAGGGUUGGGAGGGACAGGGUUGGGAGGGACAGGGUUGAGAGGGACAGGGUUGAGAGGGACAGGGUUGGGAGGGACAGGGUUGGGAGGAACAGGGUUGGGAGCAGUGUUGGUGAUAAAGCUGGAUUGAGUGAAGACAGAGGAAUGUAGACUGAAUCCCUCACACACUCUAGUGUUUAAGUCUGGAUAGAGAGUAUUUAUAUAGCUCCUGGAACUAAAACCUUCUCCCUGCCUGCAGCCUUCUUCAUAUCGCCUGCCCCCGAGCACUCAUCUCUCUCUCUCGCUCUCUCUCACUCACUCCUCCUUCCCCCUCACUCCUCUCUCUCCUCCUCCCCUCCUCCCUCCCUCAUCCUCCCUUUCUAUCUCCCUCCCUCUCUCUCUCUCUCACUCCCUCUCACUCCUUAAUUUUCUCUUCUCCUGCCUGCAGCAAAAUAUUGUUUCUAUCCCAUCUAAUCUGUUGAGACUCAGUGGUAAUGCAUUCCCAAGCAGACACACAUACUGUAGCUUUAUAAUACAGUCCCAAGUGGAGGGACACACAAAGCUGGUUCAGAAACACAUAGCUGGGUCUGUGGGUCAGACGUCCAUAGCUAGGGUUGGUCCUGAAUGGCACCCUGUUCUCUAUAUAGGUCACUACUUUUGAUCCGGGUCCAAAGGUGUAUAUAUAGGGAAUAGGGUGCCAUUUGGGACGCACACUAGGUCAGAGGUACAGGAAGCAGUCAGGUGGGUAAAGGCCAUGCCAUCAACACCCUGCCUCUUCACAGCUCUGAGUGGAUGAAGAACAUGUUUACACCCUCCAGGUGGCCUAGGGAGAUAUCAAAUGUCUCACACUACUGCAGCCUUAAUCCUGACACAGAUUCCUAGUGCUCCCGCACUGCUAUGUACUGUUGAGAGGAAGCAACAUUUGAUCAACAUGUUGUGGUAUUUCCAUUCAUCUAACUCACCGCUACUGAUGUUACUCGUGUGAAUUAUAGAGUCAUAGGAGAUCUAAGCCCAUAUGUAUCAAGUGUCUCAGAGUAGGAGUGCUGAUCUAGGAUCAGUUCUGCCUUAUAGAUCAUAAUGAAUAAGAUAAUUUAAAGACAGGGAGGACCUGAUCAGAAAUCAGCACUCCUACUCUGAGACACUUACAGCCCCUGGUGUUAAAAUAACAUCAAAUACUUUAAUCCCCUCAUCCCUCUCCCCUCAUCCCUCUCUCUUCUCUCGCUCCUCUAGCCGGUGUGGACUACAUGGGUAUCAGCAGGAACCUGGACUUUGCCCCGGGGGUCAGCCAGCAGACGUUCAGGGUGACCAUCCUGGAUGACCUGGGUCAGCCAGUGCUGGAGGGGACCGAGACAUUCGAGCUGGUCCUCCGCAUGCCCAUGAACGGCAUCCUGGGAGAACCGGGGAAGGCCACCAUCCUCAUCAACGACUCCGUCUCCGACCGUGAGUGAAUCGUGCUGAUAUUUCUGCGUCCCAAAUGCCACCCUAUUCCCUAUAUAGUGCACUACUUUUGACCAGGGCCCAUCGGCUCUGGUCAAAAUUAGUGCACUAUAUGAGGAAUAGGGUGCCAUUUGGGACACAGUCCUAGUCACAACGUAUCUGACUGUGAGUGAACCUAUCUGAUUUGUUAGAAUGUGUCUAAUUAUCAAUGAAAUAUAAUAUAGAUUAAAACUAGCACUGGCAUUUCAUUCAGGAGUUUAGAAACCAAUCAUACCUUGGUCUGACAAAACAGGGCAUCUCCGAAACACAUUAACACCAAUAAAGACGAUUGACCAAUGCUGCCACUUAAAGCUUACAGUAUCACGUUACUGUAAGUGUCCUUAUAAAUGCAUUCAUAAAGCCUUUAUAAAGGGUUUAUAGUGCACUAUAAGAUCAGAUGUAGACAGUUAUGAGAAUUAUGUCAUGGUUAUGAUCAACACUGUUUCUCGAUGCACUUUAUUUAAUGUAGAUGAUUUCUUUAUGUGAUUGUCCUCUAACAGUGCCCAAGGUGCAGUUCCGUGAUGCCAUGUACAUGGGGCAUGAGAACUCAGGUCAGAUCUCAGUCGUGGUGUAUCGUAGUGGAGACAUCAGUUACAAGUCAACGGUCCGCUGUUACACCAGACAGGGCACCGCUCAGGUCAUGAUGGACUUCAACGAACGACCCAACACAGACGCUUCCAUCAUCACCUUCCUACCAGGUAACACUGAAAGCAAUUCUGUAAAAGACUGUAGAAGACUGUCACAAGGAACACCUCGUAGGCCAAAAGGGUAUAGUUUCUCUGCGCAUUUUGGAAUCGUUUGGAAUAUUUGUAAAAUAUUUUUCAACAACUGGUUACUCCUUUUCGCUAAUCUCUCUCGAUCUCAAUCUCUCUCUCUCUCUUCCUCCUCCCAUCUCCAUCUCUCUAUCCCUCCCCUCUCUCCAGGGGAGGUGGAGAAGCCAUGUGUUCUGUCCCUUGUUGAUGACACGGAGCAUGAGGAUGAGGAGGAGCUGAGGCUGGUAUUGGGGUCGCCCUGCAGUGAGUCUCCGUUCGGAGCGUCCAUCGGGAAACAGAACGAGACUCUGGUCAAGAUCAAGGACGACGCAGACAGUAAGACUGACUGACUCAUAGAUGUAAUAAUUUCAUCUGUAGACAAUAAAAUAAGUAGCACACUCUAUAAUAGUCCCAGAUACAUAUUGCAUUACUUUCUUUAUUUUCUAAAAUUCAUAAUCUGCUUCUUAACUUGUUUUGGGUGUGUGUCUUCAACUCAUUCUACUCUGUUAGUCUGUAACCUUGUUUAGUUCAUAUUACAUUUCACACUGCUCCAUGUCUGACUCUGUGACUCCCAUCCAUGUUAUCCCCAGAGGCCAUCAUCAAGUUUGGGGAGACUAAGUUCAGUGUGAGUGAGCCUAGCGGGGUAGGCCAGGUGUCCCUGGUGAAGAUCCCAGUGCUGAGGGUAGGAGAUACCUCCAAGGUCUCUGUGGUCCGCGUCCACACCAAGGACGGAUCAGCCACCUCCGGAGAGGACUACCAUCCUGUGUCUGAAGGUGAGAAAUAUUACAACAUCUCACACAUCAACAUCUCACAACCUCUCACAUCAAUAAGGCCAUGAGUUUUUCUUGACAAUGUGAUCUGAUUAGGAAAAGAUCCUGACGCUACUACUAUGGAAAUAAUCAUCUUGAUAAGGUAACUCAGUCAGUAUCUGCAGUGUAUAGAUGUUUCCUGUCUAACCUAGUGGGUUCGAUCCCCGGGACCACCCAUACGUAAAAAUGUAUGCGCACAUGACUGUAAGUCACUUUGGAUAAAAGCGUCUCCUAAAUGGCAUAUUAUUUAUUAUUAACCUAGAGCCGUGUUGUUGUUGUUGUUUACCCCAGACAUUGAGUUCAAGGAGGGUGACACAGAGCACUUCAUCGAGGUGGAGAUCUUGUAUGAUGGAGUCAGAGAGAUGAGAGAAGCCUUCACUGUCCACCUGAAACCUGAUGAGAACAUGGUGGCUGAGACGCAGGUGAGGACUGGAACAAUAAUAUCACAUACUGUAGACUCAGCAAUAUGACAUUGACACAAGUAGCAGGAUGAACCGAGAAUACUGCAGAUAAGCACGAUGCACUCACUCAUAGUAUUUGCGCAUGUGCUUCACUUACCUUCAACGUGAUAGCUGCGCGACAAGAACAAGAGAGAAGUUUAGUUGUUGCGUUAGUCGUGUAGUUUACGUCGUGCAUCACUACCUUUAACAACACUUUUAUGUUUGAUCUGUUAUUUUCUGUCCGUCCACAGAUGAGUAAGGCCAUUAUCUACAUAGAGGAGACCAACAGCAUGGCGGACGUCACCUUCCCCUCCAUCCCACAGGUGUUCUCCCUACUGCAGUAUGAUGACACCUCCAGAGCCAGACACACCCACCCGGUGGGAGGCUACCCCGUUGUCUGUGUCACGGUACGGAGAAUGGUUUAUCAGGGGCUUUUAACCUCCCAGUCCAGGUGUUUGUCCCAAAUGGCACCCUAUUCUCUGUUUAGUGCACUACUUUUGACCAGAGUCGCAUAGGGAAGCCAUUUAAGACAUAGACCAAGGCAUCAUUGUAUUCACUGUCUGCUCUUAAUUUGCCUAAAAAACUAAGUAGUUUCUUUGGCUUAGGAAUAUGUCAAUUACGAUUCAAUUAGGAUUUCAUUUGAUAUUGAAGCACAGAUGAGUGAUGUUGAUGAACAAUGCUAAUUAACCCUUGGACUACAUUACAGUAUAUUUAGCCUCAUUCCCAAACACUGUCUCCUCUCUCCUCCCUCUCUCACCCCUCCCUCCCUCUCUCAGGCUUGUAACCCUAAGUACCCUGACUAUGACAAGACUGGCUCCAUCUGCAUCAGCGAGCACAUCAAUGACACGCUGACACGCUACCGAUGGCUGGUCAGUGCUCCAACCAGCCUGGACGGGGUCACUAGCUCCAUGAGAGAGGUGGACUUUAAUACCUUCUUCUCCUCCUCCAAGAUCAUCACCUUGGACUCUGUCUAUUUCCAGGUAGAGAACACAUUAUCAGUGAACUGAGUGUGAAUUUGGACUGACUCAGUCAAAGAGUUGAACCUCUGAAAAUACAUAAAGUAAAUCAUUGAGUUCAUGAUGGGAUUGAGUUGACUGUAUUGAUGUGAUUGAGUUGACUGUAUUGAUGUGAUUGAGUUGACUGUACUGAUGUGAGAUGCCCACCACUGCUAAGUGAAUGAUCCAGUUGACUGUAUUGAUGUGAGAUGUGUGUCCCUCCCUCCAGGCUGGCUCUAGGGUGCAGUGUGCAGCCCGGGCUGUGAACUCUAACGGAGAUGAGGGCCUGGAACUCAGCAGCUCCAUAGUCUCCAUCAGUAUAGAGGAUGGUAUGUGCCAGCCUCGUGUGGUGGGUACAGUGGGUGCUGAGCCCUUCUCUGCCAAGCUACGCUACACCGGUGCAGAGGACCCAGACCACCCCAACCUCAUCAAAAUCACUGUCACCAUGCCACACAUAGACGGUGAGGAACACAGAGACUUCUAGCUUCUCUCUCGUUCUCUAUUUCUCUUGCUCUCUAUUUUUCACACUCUCUUUCUCUCUCUAUGUCGCUCUGUCUUUCUUUCUCUCUCACUCUCUAUUUCUCUCUCCUAACCCCUUGUCUCCCCUCUCCUCUCUCCUCUCCUUUCCAGGCAUGCUCCCCGUGGUCUCCACCCGUCCUAUGUCUAACUUUGAGCUGACGUUGAGUCCUGAUGGGACUCGUGUGGGGAACCACCGCUGUUCUAACCUGCUGGACUACACCGAGGUCAAGACCCGCCAUGGCUUCAUCACCGACGCCACCAAGAACCCUGAGGUGAUUGGGGAGACCUCUCCCUACCAGUACAGCGCCCUCCUGAGGGGAUCCAGUGUACUGCGCUUCUACAAGAACCUCAACCUAGAGGCCUGUCUAUGGGAGUUCACUAGUUACUAUGACAUGUCUGAGCUACUGUCAGACUGUGGAGGGACCAUCGGUACAGACGGACAGGUGAGAGAGCAGUGUGUGUGUGGGGGGACACUAUCAGAACAGACAGACAGACAGGAAGGUGAGCUGCCCCACCCCACAAUCCCACCAGACCCCUGACCAAUUGCAAAAUAAGUAUGGGAGAGGAGUUAUGAUGAUUUCUUGGGAAGAGGUGUUAUGAUGAUUUCUUGGGAAGAGGUGUUAUGAUGAUUUCUUGGGAAUAGAUGUUAUGAUGAUUUCUUGGGAAGAGAUGUUAUGAUGAUUUCUUGGGAAGAGAUGUAUUGAGGAUUUCUUUGGAAGAGAAAUGUACUUGCUCAGUAUUUGACCUCCAGUUCUUUCCUAUAACAGUUCUUGUAAUUUUCCUUUUCACAGACAGAAUCCUUUACAGUCACCUGUCUGUUAGCUACCCCUUGAGGGGCCCCUGUCAGACAUUGUUCUUUUAAACCCCAUGUUAACCUCACCAGUAAUAACUAACCAAACACAGUGCUUUAUGGAUUCCCACAACUCCUCAUGAGGCCUGCUAUUUAUCUUGUCAAAAUGGCAUCUUCAACAUUCAAAGCAUUAAAAUCUUCUGCUCUUUUCUGUACUGUGCUCUUUAAACAGCUGCUGCUGCUGUGUUGAGGGAGGGACUGCUCUUACAGGUCUUAAACUCCCUCCCUACUUCCCUCUCUCUCUCUUCCUCCCUCCCUCCCUAACCCUCCCUGAGUGGAGAUCUUAAACCCUGGUCACAUGCUUCAGUGCUCCUGUCAUGUAGAUUUCCCUUGGAAACCUCCAGUCACUUCAGUGUAGUUAAAUCCCAGUCAGUCUAUUAGUUCACUAGCACAUAAUUAAGCAGGCUGCGGUCAUAAAGAGAUGCCUGCAGAGAGAAGAGAUGCCUGCAGAGAGAAGAGAUGCCUGCAGAGAGAAGAGAUGCCUGCAGAGAGAGAGAGAUGCCUGCAGAGAGAGAGAGAGAGAUGCCUGCAGAGAGAGAGAGAUGCCUGCAGAGAGAGAGAGAGAUGCCUGCAGAGAGAGAGAGAUGCCUGCAGAGAGAGAGAGAUGCCUGCAGAGAGAGAGAGAUGCCUGCAGAGAGAGAGAGAUGCCUGCAGAGAGAAGAGAUGCCUGCAGAGAGAGAGAGAUGCCUGCAGAGAGAAGAGAUGCCUGCAGAGAGAAGAGAUGCCUGCAGAGAGGAAAAUAUGCCAGCAGAGAGAGAGAGAUGCCUUCAGAGAGAGAGAUGCCUGCAGAGAGAAGAUGCUGCAAGAGAGAAGAGAGGUGCCUGCAGAGAGAGAGAGAUGCCUGCAGAGAGAAGAGCCUGCAGAGAGAGAGAUGCCUGCAGAGAGAGAGAUGCCUGCAGAGAGAAGAGAUGCCUGCAGAGAGAGAGAUGCCUGCAGAGAGGAGGAGAGAGAGAGAUGCCUGCAGAGAGAGAGAGAUGCCUGCAGAGAGAAGAGAUGCCUGCAGAGAGAGAGAGAUGCCUGCAGAGAGAGAGAUGCCUGCAGAGAGAGAGAUGCCUGCAGAGAGAAGAGAUGCCUGCAGAGAGAGAGAUGCCUGCAAGAGGAAGAAGAGAUGCCUGCAGAGAGAGAGAAUGCCUGCAGAGAGAGAGAGAUGCCUGCAGAGAGAAUAGAUGCCUGCAGAGAGGAAGAGAUGCCUGCAGAGAGAGAGAGAGAUGCCUGCAGAGAGAAGAGAUGCCUGCAGAGAGAAGAGAUGCCUCCAGAGAGAAAAGAUGCCUGCAGAGAGAGAGAGAGCAAAUGGUUAAGGCCUCCUCACGCUAUUGAUCCCCCCUGCUGUAGCUCAUCAACUAGUACCCUUGCUGUGGUGUGUGUGUGUGGUGUGUGUGUGUGUGUGUGUGUGUGUGUGUGUGUGUGUUGUGUGUGUGUGUGUGUGUGUGUGUGUGCAUGCGUGCGUGCGUGCGUGCGUGCGUGCGUGUGUGUGUGUGUGCGUGUGUGUGCGUGUGUGCGUAAAGGAAAGGAAAGGAAAGUGCAUGUAGAAUUUAUGAGAGGCUAACUACUUACCCAAUUUAAGGUUAUGUAUAUUGUUUGGUUGAAAAAACACCAACUCAAUGAAAUAUCAUUAAAUUCUAUGUAAAGUGAAAUUCCAUUUUGCAAGAUAAAUGAGACUGUAAAUGGAAGAAGAUAUUGCAUGUGAACAUGGAUGAGUUAUGAUACAUAGGACGUAUAAGAUAAUUAUAUUUUAUGGAGGCAGUGAUCAUCAUUCUCUUCUAAAGUAAACUACCUCCACACUUUAUGACUUUCCUUCUGGCAGCUUGUAAUCCAGCGUUAGCCUCUUUGUUUACGUUGAAACUUUUUAAAGUUAAUAUUCUGACAGGACAGAGCUUUGUGGGAGAGGUUGGAGUUGAUCAACACUUGAUAAUCCUGAAUGUCAGGGUCUGCCUUAGUACCAUGUACCAACACUGGUUUACCUUGGUCAAUGUCCCUCCUAUGUGCAGAUUUUAUGUACUGUUCUAGUCACUGGCAGCCAUUUGAUAACAGACUGAUUUGUUUUAAGUAUCACUGUAUAUGUGUCCCAAAUGGCACACUAUUCCCUUUUCACUAUUCUCUUUUUAUUAUAAUGCAUUACUUUUGACCGGGGCCCAUAGGAAAUAGGUUGCCAUUUGAUUCAUAGCCAGAGACUGAGCUGCUUUAAGUGUCACUGUGUUGUUUUAAGUAAGAUCCAUAACUAAGAGAGAGAGUGAGACCCCGCCAGGUAUUAUAGACGUGUCUCUAUACACCCAGAAACCCUAUACCCCUACUGCAGUGUCUGCCUGUGCACCUGUGUCACAUCCAUAUGAGCUGUCCUACAGGUGAGUUGUACUGUAAGCUUCAAUCAGUGUGGCCAGGCAGAACAAACAUAAAGACUCAACAACAGCUCUAGUCUAGAGGAACAUUAUUUGUGUCCCUGUGUUCUCUCUGACCUGAUUGGCCCUUAAGGGUCCGACCGACUGGGAGGCUGGGGGGGCUGAGUAGAGAGGUUGAGGGGUACAGAGAGACUGAGUCAGACUGAGCUUGGGGCCCCAGGCUGGCCUCUCACUGUGCUGGGACUGACGCUGUCUCUCUGUGUCUGUGUGUCAUGGUGAGAGGCUUUGUCCCCAGCUUAUCAGACCACAGAAAUCCAUUAGGUCUCAGCAGGCAGUGUCAGGGUCAUACAGCAAAUCAUCUGCCUCAGCUCUCUCUGGGUUCUACAGUUUCCCUUAACGCACGCGAAGUCGGGCCUGGCGCGCGCGCCGCGCGAAAGAGGAGUUGAGAGAUCUAGCGAGAGAGAGGGAGAGAGAGGAUAGAGGGGCUAAGGGGCGUGAGUGAUAUCCUCUUCUCCUAGGCUUUCUUUCGUUGUUCAGAAUCGUUCUAUCUCCUGCUCUUCUUCGCUCUCUUCUCUCUUCUCUCUCUCUCUAUCUAUCUCUUUUAAAAAAAAGGGGGGAAAUUAAAUUUUUUUUUCCCCCCAAAAAAAAGGGGGGAAAAAAUUUUCCCCCUUUCCCCCCCGGGGAAAAAAGGCCCCCCGGCCCCCCCGGGAAAAAAAAUUUUUUUUUAAAAAAAAAACCCCCCCCGGGGGGAAACCGGUUUUGGGGGGGGGGGAAAAAAAAAAUUUUCCCCCCAAAACCCCCCCCGGGACCCAAAAAAAAAAACCCCCCCCCCUUUUUAAAAAGGGGGGGGCCCCCCAAAAAGGACCCCCAACCAAACCAAAAAAAAACCCCCAAAAAAGGGGGGAAAAAAACCCCCCAAAAACCCGGCCUUUAAAAAAACCCCCCCAGGGGGGGAAAAAAAAAAAAAUUUUUUUAAAAGGGGAAAAACCCCCUUGGCCCCCCCCCCAAAAACCAAUUAAAAAAAAAAGGGGGGGGGGAAAAAAAAAAAAAAAAACCCCCCCCGGGGGGGGAAAAACGGGGAAAAAAAAAAUUUUUGGGGGAAACAAAAAAAAAGGGAAGGGUUAAAAAAUUUUAAGGCGGUUUUUGGGGGGGGGGGGGGGGGGAAAAAAAGGUUUUUAAAAAGGGGAAAAAGGGGGGGGUUUUUUUAAAAUUUUUGGGAAAAAAAAAAAAACCCCCUCCCCCCCAAAAAGGGGAAAAAAAAAAAAAAAAAGGGGAAGGGGGGUUUUUGGGGAAAUUUUUUGGGGUUUUUGGGGGAAAAAAAACCCCAAAAAAAAAAAAAAAAAAUUAAAAAAAAAAAACCCCCCCCAAAAAACCCCCCCCGGGGGGAAAAACCCCCCCGGGGGAAAAAAUUUUUAAAAAAGGGGCCCCCCGGGGGUUUUAAAAAAAAAAAGGAGGGGGGAAAAACCCCCGGGGAAGGGGUUCCAAUUCCCCCCCAAAGGGGGAAAAAAAACCCCAAAAAAAAAAAACCCGGGGGGGGGGAAAAAAAGGGGGUUCCCCUUGUUUUUUUUGCAUGGCCAGGCACGACCCCCCAUUUUAAUUUGGGGACAAAAUUUUUUUUUCCCCCGACAAAAAAAAAGGGGGGGAAAAAUUUGGGGGGGGGCCCCCCCCCCCCCCCAAAAAACCAAAAAAAAAAUUUUAAAAAAAAAAAAGGGGGCCCCCCCUUUUUGGGGGGGUAGUGGGAAAAAGGGUUAAACUUCAAGUUCCUUGGUGUUUCCCCAUCACCAAGGGAAAUAUUUGGUUUCCAAAACACCAAGCCGUCGUGAAGAGGGCACGACAAAAACCCAUUCCCCCCAGGAGAAAAAAAAAGUUUUGGGAGGGGGCCUCAGAUCCUCAAAAAAUUCUACAGCCCCAAACCAAACGGGAGCAUCCUGAUGGUUCAUAAACCCCCUGGUAUGGCAAAAUGCCUUUGGGCCCUGACCGCAAGGCACUUUCAGAGGGGAGUGCGUACGGCCCAGUACAUCACAGGGGCAAAGCUCCCUGCCAUCCAGGACCUCUAUACCAGGCGGUGUCAGAGGAAGGCCCUCAAAAUUGUCAAAGACUCCAGUCACCCUAGUCAUAGACUGUUCUCUCUGCUACCGCACGGCAAGCGGUACCGGAGUGCCAAGUCUAGGUCCAAAAGACUUCUCAACAGCUUCUACCCCCAAGCCAUAAGACUCCUGAACAGCUAAUCAUGGCUACCCGGACUAUUUGCACUGCCCCCCCACCCCAUACUUUUUACGCUGCUGCUACUCUGUUAAGUAUUUAUGCAUAGUCACUUUAACUCUACCCACAUGUACAUAUUACCUCAACUACCUCAACUAGCCGGUGCCCCCGCACAUUGACUAUGCAACGGUACCCCCCUGUAUAUAUAGCCUCCCUACUGUCACUUUAUUCUAUUGUAUAUAUAGUCUCCCUACUGUCACUUUAUUUUUACUUCUGCUCUUUUUUUCUCAACACUUUUUUUGUUGUUGUUUUAUUCUUACUUUUUUUGUUUAAAAUAAAUGCACUGUUGGUUAAGGGCUGUAAGUAAGCAUUUCACUGUAAUGUCUGCACCUGUUGUAUUCGGCGCAUGUGACCAAUAAAAUUUGAUUUGAUUUGAUUUGAUUUGAUUUGAUUUUGGCCCAUUCCUCCAUGCAGAUCUCCUCUAGAGCAGUGAUGUUUUGGGGCUGUCGCUGGGCAACACAGACUUUCAACUCCCUCCAAAGAUUUUCUAUGGGGUUGAGAUCUGGAGACUGGCUAGGCCACUCCAGGACCUUGAAAUGCUUCUUACGAAGCCACUCCUUCGUUGCCCGGGCGGUGUGUUUGGGAUCAUUGUCAUGCUGAAAGACCCAGCCACGUUUCAUCUUCAAUGCCCUUGCUGAUGGAAGGAGGUUUUCACUCAAAAUCUCACGAUACAUGGCCCCAUUCAUUCUUUCCUUUACUCCCUUUGCAGAAAAACAGCCCCAAAGCAUGAUGUUUCCACCCCCAUGCUUCACAGUAGGUAUGGUGUUCUUUGGAUGCAACUCAGCGUUCUUUGUCCUCCAAACACGACGAGUUGAGUUUUUACCAAAAAGUUAUAUUUUGGUUUCAUCUGACCAUAUGACAUUCUCCCAAUCCUCUUCUGGAUCAUCCAAAUGCACUCUAGCAAACUUCAGAUGGGCCUGGACAUGUACUGGCUUAAGCAGGGGGACACGUCUGGCACUGCAGGAUUUGAGUCCCUGGCGGCGUAGUGUGUUACUGAUGGUAGGCUUUGUUACUUUGGUCCCAGCUCUCUGCAGGUCAUUCACUAGGCCCCCCCGUGUGGUUCUGGGAUUUUUGCUCACCGUUCUUGUGAUCAUUUGGACCCCACGGGGUGAGAUCUUGCAUGGAGCCCCAGAUCGAGGGAGAUUAUCAGUGGUCUUGUAUGUCUUCCAUUUCCUAAUAAUUGCUCCCACAGUUGAUUUCUUCAAACCAAGCUGCUUACCUAUUGCAGAUUCAGUCUUCCCAGCCUGGUGCAGGUCUACAAUUUUGUUUCUGGUGUCCUUUGACAGCUCUUUGGUCUUGGCCAUAGUGGAGUUUGGAGUGUGACUGUUGUGUCGAGAAAACGUUGCUAAUUAUGCUGUGAAACCAAGGAGUCCGCUUAUACUGUACUUUGAUUAUAAGUUUUAUUUAUAUCACAAGAUUUCAGCAUAAGUUUACAGACGUCUGCAGCAUCUGGAGAACAGUGUCCCAAAAUAAUAUGUCUGUUCUGAUCUCCUUUGUCUCAAACCAAGUAUUUAUAAUCUUUACCAGGAUAUGGGUGGUUUCCCAUACUGACCAAUCACCUGUCUCCACACAACAGACUUCCUCUGUUCUAUGGGGUGUCCCUCUAAAACUGCUCCCCCUAAAACUGAAUAAACAUCCUCUCAGGUUCCACUUUGAAAACAUUAGCAAAGUCAUAAUUCCUCAGAUACUACAUGACUGUUUGAGGUUGUGGACAGGUGUCUUUUAUACUGAUAACAAGUUCAAACAGGUGCCAUUAAUACAGGUAACGAGUGGAGGACAGAGGAGCCUCUUAAAGAAGAAGUUACAGGUCUGUGAGAGCCAGAAAUCUUGCUUGUUUGUAGGUGACCAAAUACUUAUUUUCCACCAUAAUUUGCAAAUAAAUUCAUAAAAAAUCCUACAAUGUGAUUUUCUGGAUUUUUUUUCCUCAAUUUGUCUGUCAUAGUUGACGUGUACCUAUGAUGAAAAUUACAGGCCUCUCUCAUCUUUUUAAGUGGGAGAACUUGCACAAUUGGUGGCUGACUAAAUACUUUUUUCCCCCACUGUAUAUAUAUAUAUAUAUAUCUCCCUUUCUCUCUUUCACUCUCUUUUUUUCUCUUUCUCUCUGGUUCUUUGUCUCACUGUAGUCUAACUGUUGUUUAAGGGUUCCAAGUACAUUAGAACAAAUCAACAGCCUGGAUUGUUUGUUAUGUCUUGAUUGCAUGAUUAACUUCAGAAUGGGAUGGUUUUAUAUUCAUUGUUGACAAAGCAAUAAUUGAAUAACACAACCAAACAUUCAUCAGUUAUAAAUGUAAUGGUUUGCUAUUGUUGCCAUAUACAGUGAGGGAAAAAAGUAUUUGAUCCCCUGCUGAUUUUGUAUGUUUGCCCACUGACAAAGAAAUGAUCAGUCUAUAAUUUUAAUGGUAGGUUUAUUUGAACAGUGAGAGACAGAAUAACAACAAAAAAAUCCAGAAAAACGCAUGUCAAAAAUGUUGAUUUGCAUAUUAAUGAGGGAAAUAAGUAUUUGACCCCCUCUCAAUCAGAAAGAUUUCUGGCUCCCAGGUGUCUUUUAUACAGGUAACAAGCUGAGAUUAGGAGCACACUCUUAAAGAGAGUGCUCCUAAUCUCAGUUUGUUACCUGUAUAAAAGACACCUGUCCACAGAAGCAAUCAAUCAAUCAGAUUCCAAACGCUCCACCAUGGCCAAGACCAAAGAGCUCUCCAUGGAUGUCAGGGACAGGAUUGUAGACCUACACAAGGCUGGAAUGGGCUACAAGACCAUCGCCAAGCAGCUUGGUGAGAAGGUGACAACAGAAGGUGACAUACAGCACAGCACAGUGUAGCUACACUGAGUGUGCAAAACAUUAGGAACACCUUCCUAAUAUUGAGUUGCACCCCCUUUUGCCCUCAGAACAGACUCAAUUCGUCAGGACAUGGAAUACAAGGUGUCGAAAGGGAUACUGGCCCAUGUUGACUCCAAUGCUUCCCACAGUUGUGUAAAGUUGGCUUGAUGUGCUUUGGGUGGUGAACCAUUUUUGAUUCAUACGGGAAACUGUUGAGCGUGAAAAACCCAGCAGCGUUGCAGUUCUUGACACAAACCGGUGAACCUGGCACCUACUACCAUACCCCGUUCAAAGGCACUUCAAUCUUUUGUCUUGCCCAUUCACAUACACAAUCCAUGUCUCAAUUGUCUCGAGGCUUAAAAAUCCUUCUUUAACCUGUCUCUUCCCCUUCAUCUACACCGAUUUAAGUGGAUUUAAUAAGUGACAUAAAUAAUGGAUCAAAGCUUUCACCUGGAUUCACCUGGUCAGUCAUGGAAAGAGCAGGUGUCCUUAAUGUUUUGUACACUCAGUGUAUAUGAAGUGGUAUUAUGCAGUCUACUGGUAGUUACACUCACUGAUCACACUAUAUGCACUUAAGCACUACAUAAGCCACCGUAAUACCCUCUAUAUGUCACCUGCUAUCUUUAUUGCAUUCUUAAUCACAUGAAUCUAUAGAAUAUAGAUAAAGACCAAGCCAUAACCAUAUAUCAAGUUAUGAGUGGGUCUGAAUACUGUUCCCAUGAGGUAUUUGCAAGCUCCAUACAGAUAGGCAGCUUGUGAAUGUUUAGUAUAGGUCUAUAUAUAAGUAGUACUUGGGACCUUUUGUAAGCUCCCUGCUUGUUGGAUGUUUAAGUGUGUGGAUGUUUAAAUGCGCUUUGCAGAGUUUGAUGUAAUGUAUGUAUUUCUAUCACUAUCUAUUUCUCUCUGUAUUUCUCUUUUUAUUUCGCUAUCUUUCUCUCUUUCUCCCCCUCCCCCUAUUUCUCUCUCUCUCUUUAUUUUUCUCUCUAUUUCUCUCACUAUUUUCUAUUCCUCUCUCCAUUUUUCUCUCUAUUUCUCUCUCUUUAGUUCUCCCUCUUUCUCCUGUCUUUCUGUAGGUGUUGAACCUACUAUUGCUAGUAUUCUGUAUUACUGUAAAGUUACUGUAAAGUGUAUUGAUGUUAAAAUGCAUGUUAAAUACAGAUUGAUUUGAUAUAUGUCUCUCUCUAGGUGUUAAACCUGGUCCAGUCCUAUGUGACCCUCCGGGUGCCCCUACAUGUCUCCUAUGUGUUCCACUCCCCGGUGGGGGCAGGGGGCUGGCAGCAUUUUGACCUACAGUCAGAGCUACGACUCACCUUCGUAUACGACACUGCCAUCUUGUGGCGGGACGGCAUCGGCAGCCCUCCUGAGGCUGAACUACAAGGCAAGUCUCACAUCAAAUUAAAUAUAUUGAAAAGUAAUUUCACUCUUUACAGAAUGAGGCAAAAACAAACAAACAAAUACAACACUGUCUGGUGUACUUUGAGCACAGAUGAUAUGGUUAUGUUAAUUUUUCUACAGCAAUGAAUGAGGAUGUGUUAGCUUGGUGUGACAGUUUAGCUUGGUGUGACAAUGAGACCAACGGGUUGCAUUCUGCAGCUGCCCUUCACCGCACCUUCCUCAGUGGGUGUGCUAUAAUAGUAGGGAUGUGUUAGUUCAGUGUGACAGGGAGACUGACUGGCUGUAUUCUGUAGGAGCCCUGUACCCCACCAGUAUGCGUAUCAACGAACAGGGUCGUCUGGUGGUCAACUUCAAAACAGAGGCUCGAUUCAGAGGACUGUUUGUCAUAUCACACUCUGGUAUGUUCACAUUAUCUACUCUUUUCAUACAGUACAUCCAUGGGCUUGAACUAGUAGUGUCUCAGAGUGAUCUUAUUCAUUGUGAUGUAAAAGACAAAACUGAUCCUAAGUCAGCACUCCUACUCUGACACGCUUGAAACUGUACAUACAGUGGCUUGCAAAAGUAUUCACCCCCCUUUGCAUUUUAAAUAUUUUGUUGCCUUACAACCUGGAAUUAAAAUUGAUUUUUUGGGGUUUGUAUCAUUUGAUUUACACAAUAUGCCUACCACUUUGAAGUGUGUGAAACAAACAAGAAAUAAGAAAAAAAACUUGAGCGUGCAUAACUAUUCAACCCCCCAAAGUCAAUACUUUGUAGAGCCACCUUUUGCAGCAAUUACAGCUGCAAGUCUCUUGGGGUAUGUCUCUAUAAGCUUGGCACAUGUAGCCACUGGGAUUUUUGCCCAUUCUUCAAGGCAAAACUGCUCCAGCUCCUUCAAGUUGGAUGGGUUCCGCUGGUGUACAGCAAUCUUUAAGUCAUACCACAGAUUCUCAAUUGGAUUGAGGUCUGGGCUUUGACUAGGCCAUUCCAAGACAUUUAAAUGUUUCCAUUUAAACCACUCGAGUGUUGCUUUAGCAGUAUGCUUAGGGUCAUUGUCCUGCUGGAAGGUGAACCUCCGUCCCAGUCUCAAAUCUCUGGAAGACUGAAACAGGUUUCCCUCAAGAAUUUCCCUGUAUUUAGCGCCAUCCAUCAUUCCUUCAAUUCUGACCAGUUUCCCAGUCCCUGUCGAUGAAAAACAUCCCCACAGCAUGAUGCUGCCACCACCAUGCUUCAUUGUGGGGAUGGUGUUCUCGGGGUGAUGAGAGGUGUUGGGUUUGCGCCAGACAUAGUGUUUUCCUUGAUGGCCAAAAAGCUCAAUUUUAGUCUCAUCUGACCAGAGUACCUUCUUCCAUAUGUUUGGGUAGUCUCCCACAUGCCUUUUGGCGAACACCAAACAUGUUUGCUUAUUUUUUUCUUUAAGCAAUGUUUUAUUUCUGUCCACUCUUCCGUAAAGCCCAGCUCUGUGGAGAGUACGGCUUAAAGUGGUCCUAUGGACAGAUACUCCAAUCUCCGCUGUGGAGCUUUGCAGCUCCUUUAGGGUUAUCUUUGGUCUCUUUCUUGCCUCUCUGAUUAAUGCCCUCCUUGCCUGGUCUGUGAGUUUUGGUGGGCGGCCCUCUCUUGGCAGGUUUGUUGUGGUGCCAUAUUCUUUAAAUUUUUUAAUAAUGGAUUUAAUGGUGACCGUGGGAUAUUCAAAGUUUCAGAUAUUUUUUUAUAACCCAACCCUGAUCUGUACUUCUCCACAACUUUGUCCCUGACCUGUUUGGAGAGCUCCUUGGUCUUCAUGGUGCCGCUUGCUUGGUGGUGCCCCUUGCUUAGUGGUGUUGCAGACUCUGGGGCCUUUCAGAACAGGUGUAUAUAUACUGAGAUCAUGUCACAGAUAAUGUUACACUUAGAUUGCACACAGGUGGACUUUAUUUAACUAAUUAUGUGACUUCUGGAAGUAAUUGGUUGCACCAGAUCUUAUUUAGGGGCUUCAUAGCAAAGGGGGUGAAUACAUAUGCACGCACCACUUUUCCGUUAUUUAUUUCUUCGAAUUUUUUGAAACAAGUUAUUUUUUUCAUUUCACUUCACCAAUUUGGACUAUUUUGUGUAAGUCCAUUACAUGAAAUCCAAAUAAAAAUCCACUUAAAUUACAGAUUGUAAUGCAACAAAAUAGGAAAAACGCCAAGGGGGAUGAAUACUUUUACAAGGCACUGUAUUCCGCUUCAGUUCUGUAUAAACCUAGUCUUACCUGUGUCUGUACCCAGCGUCCUCUCUGUCGUCCAUGGUGAUGUGUGCGGAUCACCCUGGGGUGACCUUUAAUCUCAGCCUGGUGAGGAGCGAGCCCACCUACAACCAGCCCAUGCAGCAGUGGACCUUCACAUCAGACUUCGCUGUGAGGACAACAUCUUAUUUUCUUCUAUAUUUAAUACUGUGUUAUCAAUAUAUUUCAUAUCAUCUUUAUUUCUUUAUUUCUUUAUCUGCUAACUCUGUCUUUAGUGUAAAGACUUGGGAGUAGCAUAUAGCAUUUACAGGAUUUCUUUCUUAAGUCGUAGUGUGUUAUCGGCACUGGUGUAACCUGAUUAAAUAAAGUUUUAACCCGAGGUAAAUAAUUGUGUCUUACUCCCCUCUGUCUCCCAGGUGCGUGACUACUCAGGUACCUACACAGUGAAGCUGCUGCCCUGUACCUCUCCUCCCAGUCUAGAGUACUCCCUGCCUCCUGUCUGUAACCCCAGAGAACCUGUCACCUUCGACCUGGACAUACGCUUCCAGCAGGUCAGAUCACCCUAGGAUAACUACACUAUAGGUGCUAUCUAGAACCUUAAAGGGUUCUUCGGCUGUAGCCAUAAGAGAACCCUUUGAAUAACCAUUUUUGGUUGCAGGUAGAACCCUUUUGGGUUCCAUGUAGAACCCUAUGUAGAAAGGGUUCUACAUGGAAGCCAGAAGGGUUCUACCUGGAACCAAAAAGGCUUCUACCUGGAAUCAAAAAGGGUUUUCCCACGGGGACAGCCGAAUAACCCUUUUGGAACCCUUUUUCUAAGAGUGUACAUCAAUAUCAUAUUAUUAAAAGUGUCUGUGAGAUGACAAUCUUUGAGUGUACACAGAGAUCUACUCUAGUGGGAAACAGCUUGAGGGGUGUUGUCUGAUUGUAACACUGUGAUUGGUCUCUGUUCUCAGAUGGUAACACUGAAUGGUAUGUGUUUUCCUAUACUAAGAUGGUAAAACUUUGUACUGUGUGUGUCCUAUCCCAGGUGAGUGACCCGGUUGCGGCUGAGUUCAGUCUGAACACACAGAUGUUGCUGCUUUCUAAGAGAACUCUGUGGCUGUCUGACGGAUCCAUGGGCUUCGGACAGGAGAGCGACACCGCAUUCUCACAAGGUACUGUAACGCUACAAACAAACACAGCCUUCUUACAGGGUCAUUUAUCAAUCAAUGAAUCAAUCACUCACCUUAUAGAAAUCAGUGGCGGUCGGUGCCGUUUAAGAUAUGAGCCUUCUUUCUAUUACAGCAUAUUGGAUGACUGUCAUUCAUAUUCGAUUCACCCAGCUUAAUGUAACAUGGAAAGGUUUAGGCUACUACGUGAUACUCCAUGUACCCAUCAUGAGGUUGCUACAACCUAGCCUAUGAAUGAAAGUUUACAAUGUAGGUGCACAGGUCGAGAGAACAUUUUAAGUAAUCAAGGUGACAGACAGUGACACAUUCAAUACUGCCUUGCACACUUUUGCCUGCAUCUAGCUGAUCUAGUGUGUAAUCAUUAGUCCAACAGUUGCAAAAUAGAGUUUCUUUUGGACAAUUUCAGGUGUGUUUAUCCACAUUUCGUUCCGUUUGCUUCCAUUUAAGAAACGUUUUCAACAAAAUCUACGGAAUGAAUACACACCUGAUCACACGCAAACACAGUUCACUUUCAUAGCAGCCACAUACAAACAGCAUAAUCACUUUGCUCGUCGUAUAUAUAAUUCCAUUCCAUCUAUCUACUUGCUCUCCUCCUCUCACCUUUUCUCCUUUGCUUGUGGACUUCAGUGCACAACACAUAUGGUGUCUGUGACCAGGUGAAAUAACCUUUCCAAGCCUAACCUUCAUAUCAUGACCGCUAACCGCUACACACAGCCUACAUCGUUGUCACCAUAUUAGCUAACAUCAUAGUCAACAUAGCUACUAGAACUAACGCGUUACUAAACCGCUAUAAUCAUGCUGUACAGUGUACAGUCAGCAAGCAGUUUAGCAGUUACACCGGCGGGACCCGGUGGCAAUAAAUUAACAAAACCAAAAGCUUACCUUGACUUGGAAGAGUUCCAGUGUUGGAUAGCCAUAGCCAGCUAUCUAACAUAGCAUCCCUCUCUGUUUGAGCCGGGUGUUUGAGUAGGCUAAACUAGCUAGCUGCAUUUGCUAUCUAAGUAUGUGAACGUGAAAGUGGAGAAAAAAAAUACUACGAAAUAUAGCUAAUUCUCUCUCUCUCUUGCUCCUCCUUAAUUCUUUCAGAAAUGUGUUUGUUCAAAACUGUUAAACUAUUGUCUUUCUCUCUUUCACAGUCUUCUCACUUCUCACACACACCACCUUCUCAUGGGUCCUGAUCAGAAGUAGUGCACUACAUAGGGAAUAGGGUGCUAUUUGGGAUGGAGGUAGCCCCAUUGACUAUCUGAUUGAUUGAUUGAUUGAUUGAUGUAUUACUGUAUUAACCCAAACCUAAUCUCCUCCCAGGUGAUAUGAUCUAUGGUAGAGUGAUGGUGGACCCAGUUCAGAACCUGGGAGAUUCCUUUAUCUGUAACAUAGAGAAGGUGUUCCUGUGCACUGGUGCGGAUGGAUACGUGCCCAAGUACAACCCCAACAACAAUGAGUACGGCUGUCUGGCUGAUGCUCCGUCGCUGCUUUACAGAUUCAAAAUCAUCGUAAGUACAGUACAGUACAGUACAGGGCCUAUAGUGCUCUGGUCAAAAGUAGUGCAAUAUCUGGGGAAUAGUGUGUCAUUUGGGACGCAGACAAGGAUGUAGUACAGGGUAAAUGCACAUGAAUAUCCUAAACACCUUUACCAAUGUUGGUACAGUAUUUACUAGUGUUUCCCUCUCCUCCCCCUCCAGGAUAAGGCCCAGCCAGAGACCCAGGCCAGGUCGUUUGGUAACGUGGGGUUCAGGGCUCUGCUGGCUGUAGACGACCCUCAGGCCCUGGCCCUGGUCAGACAGCCUGGAUCUGACGGCUUCAGCAUGGACUCUACAGCACUGUUCCAAGUACGUCUCCCUGACCCCUACGCUACAUAACACAGAAGAGUGGAGAAGGAACAUCCCUGUCUUAUUCCUAUUUCUAACACUCUCUUUCACUGCUUUAAAGCUAGAAUCAUAAAUGAAUUAUAUAUACCCAUUGAUUCUUGACGAAUAUAACUUAUAAAUGCCUUAGGAGCUUAGUUCAACUAUCGUACCUCAAAACAUGGUAAAAACUAUAAUUUUGAUAUCAUGGAUGGUCAGUCCUUGCAUCCAUAGCUCUGUCGAUGAAUUUAAAAGUGGUUACAUUUCUCCAGGCCCAUCCCUCAGCUUUUUACCAAAACAGAGGCGGGGUGUCGCUUGUUAUUGUUUCUAUUAAUGACUCUAGCUUUAAUGACCAGGAAUUGUUCCUGUCGUGGUCAGGUAAACUUCCCAGCCCUCAUGACUAACCCUGUUCCUCUGGUGUCCAGGUGUCAGCAGGGAGAGAGUGGUUCAUCCACACCAUCUAUACCGUCCGCUCCAGAGAGAACGCCAACAGGGGCAUCGGGAAGAGGAGUCUGGAGUACCACACACUCACCCAGCACAGCAGGAUGGUUACAGGAGGCCACUCCCUGACCCAACACAGCAGCAUGGACAGAGAAACCCAGCAUCAAACUAUGGCUGCAGGAGGACCGUCAAUGUCCCAGUCCCAGUCUCGCUCCAGGCGGUCAGCAAACGGGGUGCCAGACCUGACAGAGGACAUCGGCCUGGACAACAACCGAGGCACCAACAUUCUCCAUAUCACACUGGACCUCAGCCGCCAGCGCCGCACCAGCCCCGACCAGGAGGUCCUCACUCAGGGUAUGGUGCCCAGGGAGCUGAACCUUCCUGCGGAGAGUGAGGAUGGCUUGGUCCUGAUCAUAGGUAUCCUGGUGGGCCUCCUCCUCACCAUCCUCAUCAUCAUCGUCAUAGUGCUAACCGUACGGUCCAGACAAGAGAAGAAGAAGAUGGAGGUUCCCACGACAACGUCAUGCUCCACUGAGCCCAUGGUGACAUCAGGGUUCACUAGCGGUGGCUUGGACAGCUCAGAGGUC